UGCAAACUAGCCUUUGCAAGCGUCGCAUGAACAUGUCGAUUAUGAUAGCCAUGGGGUGUUUCGUGUUUGCCUCCCUUUGUCUCCCAUAUUCGGCCAGUCUCGAGCAUGUAGCCACCUUGUCCACAGCUGAAACUGCCACAAGAAGCGCCAGUGACCACCAAGCGCUCAUGUCAUUUAGGUCUCUGAUAAAACGAGAUCCACUCGAGGCCCUGAAUUCAUGGGGAAAUCAAUCGAUCCCUAUGUGCCGAUGGCACGGAGUGGGAUGCGGCUUGCGUGGUCACCGCCGUGGCCGUGUAGUAGCGCUGGACCUCCGUGGGCUCAACCUUCUCGGCACCAUCGCCUCUUCCAUAGGUAAUCUAACUUACCUCAGGCGGCUGGACCUCCAGAAGAACCGCUUUUAUGGUACCAUACCAUCAGCACUUGGACACCUUGUAGGACUUGAGCAUCUGAACCUCAGCAGCAACUAUAUCGGCGGGAAUAUCCCGCCGGCUCUGGCCUCGUGUGUGCAUCUUCAAGUUGUUUCCCUCGUAUUAAACAACCUCCAAGGGGUGAUACCUUCCGCCCUUGGUGUCUUGUCAAAACUUCGAGUUAUUGAUCUGAGUUACAACAUGCUGAAAGGCUCAGUUCCCCGGGAGUUGGCAUCGCUGCAGAAUCUUGAGAUACUCGCUCUUAGAUACAACAACCUUACAGGAAAUAUCCCUGUGGAGAUUGGAAAUCUAAAAGCUCUGAUGAUUCUUGAUCUGGGAUCGAAUAUGGUAGUAGGAGAAAUCCCAACACAAAUUGCAAACCCUAAAAACUUGACCGAUUUAUUUCUUGAUUCCAAUGGUCUGACAGGUCCUAUUCCCACUUCUCUCGCGGGCCUCCAGAAGUUACAGACUCUGUACCUGUCGAGAAACCAGCUCUCAGGUCCGAUUCCACCUUCCCUAGGAAACCUUUCAUCUCUACUAGUUAUAGAAUUCAAACGCAAUGGCCUAACUGGUAGCAUCCCUGAAUCGUUAGGAGAUCUGAAUCUCCUCAAAUCUCUUUCUCUCACAUUGAAUAGUCUUACGGGCUCAAUCCCUAGCACGCUUGGAAAACUCAGUUCCCUCACCACGUUUUAUCUGAACAAUAAUCUACUGGAGGGUUCUAUUCCACCUUCUGUUUACAAUCUUUCAUCCCUCCAAGCUUUUGCUGUACAAUUCAACAAUCUCAGUGGGUCCAUUUCGGAUGAUUUGGGUAAUAAGUUUCCAGAACUACAGCAACUUAGCAUGGAUAAUAAUCAAUUUCAAGGGCCCAUCCCAGAGUCUUUGUGCAAUGCUUCAAUGCUUGAAGUAGUUCAAUUGGCUCACAACUUUCUUUUCGGAGUAAUACCAAAAUGUCUUGGAACUAACAUGAAGAGCUUAUGGGCACUUAUUCUCUCGCAAGGUCAGCUAAAAGCAAGAAAUGAUGCCGAUUGGGGCUUCAUUUCUAGCUUGACAAACUGUAGUAUGUUGCAAAUCCUAGAUCUGGGUUCUAACGAACUAGAAGGGGUGCUACCAAAUUCAAUAGCAAACCUUUCCACAAAUUUAAAACUAUUCGGUGUGGAUUACAACAUGCUACACGGAAAUAUACCUGAAGGAAUUGGAAACUUAGUCAACCUGCAAUACUUGCACUUGCAAAAUAAUUUUCUACAUGGAAACAUUCCCGAGUCCAUUGGCAAUAUCGGGGUCCUAGGUGAACUAUAUUUGUCCAACAAUAACCUAUCUGGACCACUUCCACCAACACUUGGAAACCUCACAACGUUAAAUAGCCUCGGACUCGGCCAAAAUUUGCUUACUGGGCCCAUACCCUCCAGCCUUAGAAGUUGUCCUUUGGAGACACUGAGCCUACAAAAUAAUCAGCUUGUCGGUCCAAUACCAAAUGAGAUUUUCCUUAUAUCGACACUAUCUCUUUCCUUGGAGCUCGAAGGCAACAUGCUAACUGGGAUAUUUCCUCCAGAAGUUAGUAAUCUAGUAAAUCUUGGAUACCUUGAUGUGUCUGACAACAGAAUAUAUGGCACAGUUCCAGUCUCUCUAGGUCAGUGCAGAAGUUUGGAGUAUCUUGGUCUGAACGGAAACCAAUUUCAAGGCACAAUUCCAGCAUCAAUGUCACAGCUGAAAGGCCUUCUGGUUCUUGAUGUUUCAAGAAACAACUUGUCCAUGAGCAUCCCAGUCUUCCUCGGGGACAUGCACGGGCUCGUUACCCUCAACCUGUCAUUCAACAACUUUGAAGGUGAAGUCCCAGAUCGUGGAUUAUUUCUGAAUGCAAGUGCAGCUCUGAUUGAAGGGAACUAUGGCUUAUGUGGAGGUAUCCCCCAAUUUAACUUGCUUCCCUGCGCAAGUCUUACAUCCAAGAAGUGGUCUCGCAAGCUUGUUGUGUCCAUCUCAGUAGGCAGUGCUGUUUUGUUCAUUAUCUUAGUACUAUUUGCACUAUUUGCACAACGGAGUUUAAGAAGCAAGUUCGCGAAGAGAAGGGUUCCAUCACUCCAUGGUGGACAACACAUGAGGGUUACAUAUGCUGAAUUAGUGAAAGCAACAAGUGGGUUUGCUCCUGAGAACCUCUUAGGCACAGGAAGCUUCGGCUCGGUAUAUAGAGGAACAAUGAUGGAGGGUGAUCAGGAAGUGAUUGUCGCUGUGAAGGUGCUCAACCUCCAGCAGCGAGGGGCAUCUCAGAGCUUUGUUGCAGAAUGCGAGACCUUAAGAUGUGUUAGACAUCGAAACCUUGUGAAGAUAUUGACUGUGUGCUCAAGUAUUGAUUUCAGUGGCCUCGACUUCAAAGCUCUCGUGUUUGAAUUUAUGCCAAAUGGAAAUCUAGAUCAAUGGCUACACAGCCAUCUCCUGGAAGAUGGGAGCCAUGAGGUUCUCAGUCUUAUCCAAAGGAUAGAUAUUGCCAUUGAUGUAGCUUCGGCACUUGAAUAUCUUCACAACUAUAAGCCAGUGCCAAUAGUUCAUUGUGAUCUUAAGCCAAGCAAUAUUCUCCUCGAUAAUGACAAGGUUGCCCAUGUGGGUGACUUUGGACUUGCAAGGUUCUUGCAUCAAGAUGAUACUAGCCUCCCAGAGAUAUCAAGUGGUUGGGCUACAAGAAGGGGAACAAUUGGUUAUGCUGCCCCAGAGUAUGGUCAAGGAAAUGAAGUCUCAGUCAAUGGUGAUACCUACAGCUAUGGAAUACUGCUGUUAGAGUUGUUUACCGGUAAAAGGCCAACUGAUAGUGAAUUUCUGCAAGAUCUAAACCUGCAUAGGUUUGUCGAGAUAGCACUGAGAGACCAAGUCACGAACAUGAUGGAUCUGUGUUUACUCUCUUCGCUGGGGGAAGGGACAGAAAUAACUCCUGCAGCUGAGAGCGCCUCGGAGAUGAGAACUGCAUGCAUCACAUCAGUUCUGCACAUUGGGAUACUGUGUUCAAAGGAGGUGCCAACUGAACGAAUGCAGAUUGCUGAUGCUACGAGAGAGCUACUGGGGAUCAAAGACAAAUAUCGCACACACCUAUUGAGUGAAGGUGAAUCCAUCUAGAAGCCUGGUGGCCCUGGAUUCACUGGGAUUAGUAUUCAUCUGGUUCAUCAAAAAGAGAAGAUGGUGCAAGCUUUGUUGCUGCAAUUCAAUAGCCAAUUAAUAUGUACGUAUUUUGAACAUUUUCCAUAUUAUAUGUUAAUGGUGUGUGAACAAUGUUACUCGUACAACGCAAUGUAUC